AUGACGACCCCUUCACCCUCAGAGUUCCUGACCUUCAGCCACCGGCUCACAACAUCACUACUUUACCGCUCUCGUCCCGUCUCCAGACUACCUAUAAGACAGUUCACCGCAUCGACAGUAUCACGAGCGGACACAGGAUCUGGUAAUAUCGUCAGUGACAAGGGAACUCAACAAGCACCCAAGUCUGGAAACGAGACCGGGGGCAGUCGCGAGCAUGCAUUAGAUAAGGGCAACAAGAACGACCCAAAUAUCCAAAGCUACGAAAGUAGUGCCGGAAGAGCCGAGAGAGCCAACGAUAGCGGUGGCAACACCACUCGACAGAAGGACGAGAGAAACAGUACGGAGAAGGCGAAGAAGGAUCAUCCCGAGGCGCCGGAUGUGGUGAUUGGGAUGCAGGACGAAAGGGGUGGAAAGGGUGCUUGA